ACGGCAAAUGCUUCCGGGUUCCGCCUACUAUUACAGAAAAACGGCGUGACUUUGAAACGUGAGCCGAGUGACCUGGGCCAGUUUUCCACUCUUGUUUGGCAGAUUUCCGAAGUUUUCCUUUCUCGGGUAAAAUGAUGCUGAUAUCGAAUCGCGUGAAACUAUGCUCUCUGGCGUACACCGUCACGAGAAUGUGCAGCAGUGGCCCGGCAACUGCCAACAACAACCCGACGGUGUAUUUCGACAUUUCAGCCGAUAACGAGCCGCUCGGUCGGGUAACCUUCGAGCUGAACGCUGAAGUGGUGCCAAAAACCGCAGAAAACUUCCGGGCCCUGUGUACAGGGGAGCACGGUUUUGGCUACAAGGGCUCCACCUUCCAUCGGGUCAUCCCUCAGUUUAUGUGCCAGGGUGGCGAUUUCACAAACCACAAUGGAACCGGCGGCAAGUCCAUUUAUGGAUGGAAGUUUCCUGAUGAAAACUUCAAGCUGAAGCACACCGGACCUGGCAUCUUGUCUAUGGCCAACGCGGGACCCGACACCAACGGAUCGCAGUUCUUCAUCUGCACCGACAAGACCGACUGGCUGGACGGCCGACACGUUGUAUUCGGCAGUGUCAAGGAGGGACUGGACGUGGUGAAGAAGAUGGAGGCUUUGGGCUCGCGCUCGGGACGCACGAGCAAGAAGAUCACCAUCAGGGACUGUGGCCAGCUCAGCUAGUCGUCAGUGGAUGCACUUGAAUGUCUCGCCAAGAAAUGUGAACUUGAGCCAUUAUGUUCUUCAAACGGGGACUUUUUAAAAAAAAUGCUGAUGAGUCUUUUUUUGGGGUGGGGGUUCUUUUCAAUUUCAAGCACAAUCUCGUUUGGGUUAGGGCUUCACAGUAGGGUGUAGGUUUCAAGAAAAACAUGGUCACGUGUUUAAGUACAUAGAACCACACCAGUUCCGGGCAUCGAAAUAAUACAUACAUACAUUGACAUCCCUGUGAAACGGGUUACAAUUACUGCCCUCCCACAUAUACAAUGUCCUGAACACUGUGCCAUAUGAAGAGAAAAGUAGUGAAAUAAAAUAAAAUAAUAAUAAACAAAAAUAAACCAACUUGAGUGGAAUGGGGCCAAUAGGGUAACUCAACUAUCUGUUCAAGCACUUCCUUAGGUUUCCGUAAAUUUUAUCCAG